UAUCACCUGGUAUAGAAGGCACACACCUGCACUCACGUUGUACUCUUGGCGCGGGUGACAGUAAGCUAGACAAAGAACGCUGGAGCAGGUUGUUGGUCUCUCACCUCUCAGAAAAAAAAAAGAAGUUCACUAUAUUCAGACGAGAAGUGAUCGUCACCAUUUUGCAGUAAUUACAUAAAACGAUUUCUCUCGUUGUCCGGGAAUGAAGCAAACACUCCCUAUCCCAGCGAGAGCGGUGGUGAUGGCCUUGAUUGUGAUCACCACGCUGCCUUGUGUCUCCUCGUCCUCGCAGACUUGUGUGUGCGUGAAACGUGACAGUGUGGAGGCCUGCACUGUGUCACCCAAUCUCAAGUGUCAUAAUUCUACCCAUGUCUGCUGUGAACCAGUUCUGAAGGAUCUGCAGAUCAAAGUCUGGAAAUGCACCAAUACCGAUAAUUGCUCACGGAGGAGUGGAACAUGCGUUUCUAAUGACGACCUGCAGUUCCUGUGUCCUACUCCUGCUUAUAGAAGGAAACAAAAACUGUGCAAUACUAAAAGUAACAAUAGAUGCACAUGCUGCUUCAGAAAAAGCAUGAAGUGCAAGAUAUCGAAAAAAUGUGCAGCAAAGAAAGGUUUCUGCUUCACGAAGAAAUCGUUAAAGGCUUGUAGUAACGGCCACGUAAAGAAAAGCGGCUGCGCAGGGAAGAAGUGUGCAUGUUGCAUUCCUGGCCCUGUAAAAUGUCGCGCCUUAAAAGAGUGUGAGGCACGGAAAGGAUACUGUUUUCAGAAGACUGACCACAAGGCGUGUAGUAACGGAAAAAUCAUCAAGAAGGCCUGUAAGGGAAAGAAUUGCGCCUGCUGUGUCCCAAGAGAUCCUCAACCGUCUACCACGAUGCCCACUCCCACGACGUCCACUCCUACGACCCCCACUCCUACACCUACCACAAGUAAUGUAGUUUGCAGGUGUGGUAUUGCAAACGGUCCUCGCAUCGUUGGAGGUCAGCAAGUUAACCCGAAGAACAAGUACCCGUGGAUUGUCGGUAUAAAUGUGUUUCCUGUGACCAAUAGGACUUUGUACGAUUGUGUAGGAUCCAUCAUUAACGAUCUAUAUGUCCUAACCGCCGCGCACUGCCUCUUCAAUCAAGAUACGCUGGUACAAUUGAAUGCUAGUAGUGUCAUGGUGGGCAUCGGAGAUCACAACCAGUUUUCGACAGAUGAUGACGUAGUGGGCAUCACUCGUCAAGUUGGGGUCGAAGAAUUCAAAAUUUUUAGUCAGUUCAGUAUUGUAAAUGUUGAUUUUGAUAUUGCACUUCUGAAACUAAAAGAACCGUUGGAUUUUUCACCGAAAGAAAUAGGGCCUAUUUGUCUUCCUAAAGACGACACUCAAACAUACGGAGGAGACCAGGGCAUCGUUGCUGGCUGGGGCACCACAGCAGAGGAUGAAAUUAAUCAGCCUGCUAUCUUAAUGGAAGUAGAGCUUCCUAUCCUUCCGGCAGCUACAUGUGAGAUGAUAAUGGUUAAUUUCUUUAGUAUAACAGACACGAUGAUUUGUGCCGGUGCUGAGAGAGGUAAGGACGCUUGUGGAGGAGACUCUGGAGGACCCUUGUCAGUUGUGGAGAGAGAGCGACAUGUAGUAGUAGGUGUAGCUGCCUUCGGCGAAGGAUGUGCCAGGGAUAAACCCGGAGUGUAUUCUAGAGUCAGCAAAUAUCUCGAGUGGAUAAGAAACAAUACUCAAGAUGCGAAUUAUUGUAUCGAGGAGUGAGGAGACAUUAAAUAGCAUGGUGUAUUUUAGACAGAUCUGGUAAUUUUUCAUUACCAUUAUAAUUAUCUAACAAUUGUAUUUGAUAGUGACAGGAUGAUUCAUUGAUUGACUGGUAUAUUUAUAGGUGUCUGAUUUUACAUUACUAUGUACAAUUACUUAUUGUCCCUGGUUCUUUUAGACAUUGUUCAUUUAUGGGCGUUAUACUAAAUGAACACAUUAUUGAAGAUGACGUAGCGUUUAUAGGCCUACCUUGCAGCAAUUGCCGAAAAAAAGUGUAUUCCAGUGUUGCUAUAGUGUAUUGCUAUGCAGAAAAAAAAGCCAAAAUUAACACUAGGAGGUUAUCAAAAUUAUAAUUAAUGUAAAGGGAUGCGGAUUCUCAUCAUGCGAGGGUUUUGCAGAGCCUAACCCCCGGAUAUAACAAGAACCAGAUGUAUAACAACAACAAUUAUAGUAAUAAUAAUAAUAAUAUUAAUAAUAUGAAUAGAGAUAAUAAUAAUAAUAAUAAUAAUAGAACAUAAGAACAUAAGAAAUAAGGGAAGCUGCAAGAAGCGACCAGGCUUACACGUGGCAGUCCCUGUAUGAAACACACCUACCUAUUUCCAUCUGCUAUCCCCAUCCAUAAACUUGUCUAAUCUUCUCUUAAAGCUCUCUAGUGUCCUAGCACUAACUACAUGAUUACUGAGUCCGUUCCACUCAUCUACCACUCUAUUUGAAAACCAAUUUUUUCCUAUCUCCUUCCUAAACCUAAAUUUUUCAAGCUUGAAUCCGUUAUUUCUUGUUCUACCCUGGUUGCUGAUCCUAAGAAUUUUGCUUACAUCUCCCUUGUUAAAACCCUUAUACCACUUAAAGACUUCUAUCAGGUCCCCUCUUAACCUACGUCUCUCUAAAGAAUGUAAAUUUAACAGCUUCAACCUCGCCUCGUAAGGAAUACUCCUCAUCCCCUGUAUCCUUUUAGUCAUUCUCCUCUGUACUGAUUCUAAUAGACCUAUAUCUUUCCUGUAAUGUGGGGACCAGAACUGCACAGCGUAGUCUGGAUGAGGUCUGACCAGCGCCAAGUAUAACUUUAAUAUUACUUCCGGCCUUCUACUUUUAACACUCCUAAAAAUGAAUCCUAGUACCCUAUUUGCCUUGUUUCUGGCUUCUAUGCAUUGUUUCCCUAGACGGAGUUCAGAGCUAACUAUAACUCCUAAAUCUUUCUCGUACCCUGUACCUACCAGAGUUUGGUUGUCUAAUGUGUACCUAUUGUGUGGGUUUCCUCUACCUACGCUAAGCACUUUGCAUUUAUUGAUAUUAAAUUGCAUUUGCCAUCUAUCCGUCCAUUCAUUCAUUCUAUCUAAGUCUGCCUGCAAGGCGAUGGCAUCCGAUUCUGACCUAAUCAAUCUACCUAUCUUUGUGUCAUCCGCAAAUUUACUAACAUCACUACUAAUUCCACUAUCCAAGUCAUUGAUAUACAUUAGAAAUAACAAUGGCCCUAAUACUGAUCCCUGUGGCACCCCACUAAUUACAUGACCCCACUCGGAUUUCGAGCCGUUUAUUACCACUCUCUGUCGCCUGUCACUAAGCCAUGACCCUAUCCAGCCUAACACUUUCCCAUUUAUGCCGUGUGCCCUAACCUUUCUCAGGAGCCUUUGAUGGGGUACUUUGUCAAAUGCUUUACUAAAGUCCAGAUAUAAGAUAUCAUAACUAUCACCAUUAUCUACUGCCUCGUACAUCCUACUGUAAAAACUUAACAAGUUUGUCAGGCAAGACUUCCCCUUCGUGAAGCCAUGCUGUGACUGAUUGAUCAAGUUAUGUUUGUCUAAAUGUUCCCUAAUGUUAUAUAAUAAUAAUAAUAAUAAUAAUAAUAAUAAUAAUAAUAAUAAUAAUAAUAAUAAUAAUAAUAAUAAUAAUAAUAAAAAUAAUGAUGAUGAUAAUAAUAAUGAUAAUAGUGAUAAUAAUAAAAAUAAUAAUAAUAAUAAUAAUAAUAAUAAUAAUAAUAAUAAUAAUAAUAAUAAUAAUAGUUCCCACGAUGAUGGCAGUAUCGAUGACACCUGAUGAUAAUACUAAUUAAUAACAAUAAAAACGGUAUACAUAAAUAAGUAUUAAAAGUAUUAUAAAAAAAAAAAAAGAUAUGGUACGCAAUGGCAAUAGCCACUUGUUAAGUUCUAUUUUAUAAGUAUUUAUUUUUCGUGUGUGUGUGUGUGUGUGUGUGUGUGUGUGUGUGUGUGUGUGCUUGUUAACCGAGUGAGAACGCUGUUAACCGGUUGAUGUUCAGCACGAUGGAGUGUUGGGGUUCCUUGUUCUUGUUUGAAAUCCACUAUCUAUCUGGCAGAUGUUCAUUGCAGAUGAUUUGGCUGAUGUUCAUGUUGACUGUGUCAUCAACAACAAAAAAAAUAAAAAUAUAAAAUAAGUAAAUAAAUAAAAUAAAAUAAAGGAAGUU